GCGGCAGGAGUAAGUAUAGCUGGGCUAAGCACUUUGCUUCCGAGGUGGAGCAUGAGGGCGGUGGGUUCGAUCCCCACGUUGGGCGAAAGAUUCCUGCAUUGCAAUGGGGUUUGGGCUGGAGAGCCUCGUGGUCCCUUCCAACUCUGCGAUUUGGUUGACAGAAACUCAAGAGAGGCCUAGGCCCAUAUGCCAGACACACAUCUCCUAAAUAUAGGAAGGCAGUCUUCAGUAACUUACUGCUGGUUCUUUUUUAAAACGAUCCCACACACACUUGGAUUUCCCAGAUAAUUUCUCCUGUGCUGUCUUUUCCAUAAACUGUUUGGGGCCUUAAAAUAAGGUUGUAUUCACUUGGAACUCUUCAAUUAUUAGGACUUGAAACUUUGCUUGGCAAGCUUUGCUAUACACUAAGAGUAUGCAAGGCUUAGAGCAGUGCAGAACUCCUUGUUGGGUCAGCUGCAAGUCAGAAGUUUGCAUAACUCCUACACCACUUGGGACUGACUCAUGCAGCUGCUUCCCCAGGUCCCCAAUGAUUUUUUUUUUAAUGGCUUCAUACCUGAAAGACCAUGAUAUUUCAGAAGAAAUGGUUAUUGUCAAAACUGAGAAGGUAGAAGAAAGCUGCAGUAAUGAUGGACGGAACUGUGAGGGCCAGGAGUCCCAGCCUUCCCCUCUGGCUUUGCUGGCUGCAACAUGCAGCAGGAUUGAAUCUCCCAAUGAGAAUGCUGAUGGAUCACAGGGACAACAAGGAGGCUCAAAUGAACUGGACCUCACUGCUGCAACUCAUAUCUCCCAGAAUGCAAAUGGUUGGCAACUAAUUUCUACUCCCUCUGGGACUUCUGACUCCCCCAAAGACCAAGGGAACACAAGCAAUGAUGAGAAUGAUUCGUCAUCCAAAAACCGACCUGCUACCACAGGGCAGUAUGUGGUUACUACCACCCCUAACAUGCAGGGCCAGCAAGUCCUCACGGGCUUGCCAGGAAUGAUACCCAGUAUUCAGUACCGGGUGAUUCCCCAGUUUCAAACUGUGGAUGGCCAACAGUUGCAGUUUGCCACCACCCCUACCCAAGUCAGCGUCCAACAGGAUGCCAAUGGCCAAUUGCAGAUUAUCCCUGGGACGAACCAGCAGCUCAUUGCAAAUCAGUCGGGGACAGGCAAUAUCCUGGCUGCCAUGCCAAAUCUUCUGCAGCAGGCUGUCCCCAUUCAGGGAGUGAAUGCCCUGUCAGGGCAGACUCAGUAUGUCACUAAUGUGCCACUGGCUUUGAAUGGCAAUAUCACUUUGUUGCCUGUCAAUAGCAUUGCAGCCAGUUUGGCACCCACUUCUCAGUCGGUUACUCUAAGCACCUCUGGCUCUAGCGAGAGUGGCUCUCAACCAGCAACAUCUGGCGCCUCUGUCAGUUCCUCCAGCACGGCUGUGUCCCAGGCCAAUUCUGCCGCUUUCUUUACCAAUGCCAACAGCUACAAUACCACUACCACAACAGGUAAUUUGAGCAUCAUGAAUUUUUCCACCAGCGGCACUCUGGGAACAAACGUUCAGGUGCAGGCGCCUCAGAGGACAGGAAGUGCUCAAAAUACUGAUGCUCUGCAGUUGGCUGGAGUGACAGUCCAGCAAGGGCAGCAGAAAGAUGCUGAUCAAAACCAGCAGCAGCAGCAACAGCAGAUUCUGGUGCAGCCUCAGCUUGUUCAAGGAGGGCAAGCUGGCCAGACUUUUACUACCCAAGAUGCCUUGCAGAACCUGCAGAUCCAGGCUCUCCCCAAUACUGGUCCAAUCUUUAUUCGAACACCCACUAUGGGGCCAAACGGGCAGGUGAGCUGGCAGACGAUUCAGCUGCAGAAUCUCCAGGUUCAGAACCCUCAAGCUCAGACAAUUGCCUUGGCUCCCGUGCAAGGAGUCUCCCUGGGGCAGACAGGAAGCACCAACACGACACUGACCCCCAUCGCUUCUGCCUCUCUGCCCAGUGGCACCGUCACAGUAAAUGCCGCUCAGCUUUCCUCUGUGCCAGGCCUUCAGACCAUUAACCUGGGGGCCCUGGGAUCUGGGAUCCAGCUUCAUCAGCUGCAAGGGCUUCCACUCACUAUAACAAAUGCCACAGGUGAUCAUAACACCCACCUCAGCCUUCAUGGCACCGGUGGCGACGGGCUGGCUGAUGAUGGGGCAACCGUUGAAGAAGGAGAGGCCAGCCCGGACGCUCAGCCGCAGCAAGGUCGAAGGAUGCGCAGAGAAGCAUGCACUUGCCCCUACUGCAAAGACAACGAAGGAAGGGGCACUGGGGAUCCAGGGAAAAAGAAGCAGCACAUCUGCCACAUCCCAGGCUGUGGGAAAGUAUAUGGGAAGACAUCUCAUCUGCGUGCCCACCUUCGGUGGCAUACCGGAGAGCGGCCGUUUGUGUGUUCCUGGAUGUUUUGUGGCAAGCGCUUCACACGUAGCGAUGAACUGCAGCGACACAAGCGGACACAUACAGGGGAGAAGAAGUUUGCCUGCCCAGAGUGCCCCAAGCGCUUCAUGAGGAGCGACCACCUCUCCAAGCACAUCAAGACCCACCAAAACAAGAAGGGGCCCAACAACGUGGCCAUGGACGUCUCUGCCGUCUCCAUGGACACCGGUGCUUCAGCAGAGGGCACCAGUGGGGCAACACCCUCGACCCUAAUUGCGACCAACAUGGUGGCCAUGGAGGCAAUCUGCUCCGAAAGCAUUGCGCGCCUUGCCAGCAGCGGCAUCAACGUCAUGCAAGUGGCAGAUCUCCAGUCAAUCAACAUCAGCGGCAAUGGAUUUUGAGGCACCGCGGACUGCGUGGUGGAGGUGUUGUGCAAACGUGGGAUACUCAAGGUAGCAAUGGGUCCAAGGGAUGAGAUCUUUCAUUACACAAAAGGUGAAAGAUUAGGGACUCAGCUGCACCACCCAGCCUCCAACCCCCAUUGUGGUCUCCCAGGAAUUCUGCUUGCAAAAUAAGGCCUGCUUGCUGUCCAGGUCAGCCCUCAGAUGCCUGAUGUGAUUACCUGGGGAAAUGAUGGAGAUGGUCCUGAGCUGUUUGACUCGUUUUGUUUUGCUCUCCCCUCACCCCCAUAAAAGUCCACCCCCUUGUUAGGUACCCCAGAUGCCAUCAUGCCUUGGUUCUAAAUGUAUAUGAUCAUUGAAAUACUUUUUAGCAGAAAAAAAAUCUAUAUUAUUAUUAUUAUUAUUAUUGUAAUUAUAUAAAGCUAUAAAAUAUGUUCAUUUUGAUGAGAGGUUAAAAUUGCUGUGACCAAAGUCUUUGGUCGUUGUUCAGAUGCCUUAACUUGGAACUCCUUGAGCUGUUAGGUGGUGCUCAAGCCUAUGUUCAGAUGCUAUAUUGCAUUUUACAUUGUAAGUAUAAAAACAUAAAUUUAGCUUUUUGUAUGCUUGGCUUUUAGGUUUGUCUUUCUUCUCUCCAACCCCCAUUUUAAAAAAAACACAAUAAUUUGGGUACUUUUUUGUUUGUUUAUUUGUUUAACUUUAUUUCCUUGGGGUUUUUUUGUUUGGUUUUAAUUCUUAUUUUUUCUCCUUUUGGAGAGAAGUGCAUCUGUGCACAUCAGCAAUUCCCCCUCCCCACACGCCGCCAUGUGGUAGGGUCCAUGACCUGAAACAUGUUCUAUUCUGAUUUUGUUGCGGGAGUUAAGCAAUUAAGAUGUAUUCUGCUGCUGCAGUCACUUCUAGGCCUGUACCUUUGGCACAAGCCCUAUUCACUUUCUGAUUUGAAUCAGUCAAAAUCUUAUAUAAUAAAACCUGCAAUGGAACUGAGGCCCAAGUAACCUGGUAACGCAUGCAGAUGAUGUGCCAAGCAUGUUACAUAUAUGGUGGUGUGUGUUUUGAAAGGAUGAGCUCUUUACUCAGCCAAGGAAGUGUGUACUGUGGGACAAGAUAGAUCUAGAGCUUUGUAUCCCGUUAUGUUUUUGUCGGUUUGGUAGGUGAAUGCUAUACUAAAUAGGAAAGGAAGAUGGGUAUCUUGGAUUUGUGUUUAUUUUUUAAAACCUCAAGCAAAUGCAUUGCACUUCUCCAGUUCUAUUUAAACUGCCUCUGGUAGCAUUCAGCUCCCUUGCAAUAUUGUGCAUUCCCAUGUGGGUGCAGUAUGAAUAGGAAAUGCAGCAGCUGGGACUGGGUGUUGUUGGCUCUCAGCAAGCUGCAGAAGAUGUGUGAGGGCCAAAAUAAAUGAAGAAGGAAGAGGGUGCCUUUUGAGGAGCAGCAGGGCCUUUUGAUCUUCUGUACUUAGCAGUAUUUGGACAUUUCCCCAGAGCCCUGGGCUUCAGUGUGAACCAGCCUGACAUUCUAUGCAGCACCACAGUUGGCCAUACUCCGCCAGUGCCUUACCCUUUCUUUUUCCUCUUCGUCUUACCCAGCUGUUAAUUAAAAGUGUCUCUUCUCCCCUUGGGCUAUUGAAGCAAACUGCUUUCGCUUCAAGUAGUGAAGGGAAAAUAGCAAAUACUGAAUUUCAGGAAGGUGACAGCUUUUACAGGCAUCCUGUCUCUUUUUAACAUCCUUCAGCAGGAGAAUGAUGCUUCCUGCAGUGCCUAGGCCACUCUUCUUUGCCAUAGAGUGCUCACUGGGGUCCGUGACUUGGUAGCCAGCCAUUAUGUUUGGCUGCCACUUCCACAGCCCCAAGUCCUGCCUAAACUGUUCUUUUCAAGAGCAGUGGCCAAGUCACAUCAUUUCUACCUGCUUUUCCACUCUCCGGCACCCCCAACUGCCUUCCUUUCUCUGCCUUGUUCUACCUCUGUCUUCCAGCUUCAUUUCACUUUGCCACCUCCCCCUGCACACCAAUAGCACCAGAAAAUACACACUAUGCUCUAAAUUACCAGCCAGUUUCUCUUCUGUCCCUAUUCCAGCCAUCAGAUCUUGAUGCUAGCAUGCCGUGUUUUAGCAAGACUGGCAUAGAGCUGUGUUUCUGUUGGGCAGAGGUGGAGGAAAUGACUCUGCCAUCUCACUUCCUCAGGAGUUUGCCAGAAUCAAGCUUGUAGUUGCUGCUGCUGACCGGGUGGCUGUGUCUGCAAGGCCCCUGGUGCACAGAGUCAUGCUUUAAUGAUAUGCAGUUUCAGAACAUAAGGACAUCUCCUGCAUGGCCUGCAGUAUUUGUUGAGCUGAGGGAGAAUGGGAACCCGUCUUUAGAUCAAAGGUAUAAGACAGGAAACUGUCCAUAUUAGGGGGAAAAGGAACUGGUAUGAGAUUAUGUUAUGAGUUCUGCAGCACAGAUGAAUUAUCCAGUUUUUUUGGCCUGUGAGCUUAGCUCUUCGGUUUAGCUUUCUUUUCAUUGAGACAAAAGUAUUAAGGACUCCCCUCUCUUGCUUAUGGUUCUGUGAAGCUUGGUGCGCACCCCCUUUUAUCAUUUUGCUCUUAGUUCAGUCACUAUAUCUUGUCAUGCAGAUAUUGGGUUGCAAAGAGCAGGGCUGUACCAUACGAAACAGUUCAUGCCAGAAUUUGUGUGCGUGUUUUGAGCAUUGUUAAAUAGGAACUUCCUGUGCCAGCAUAGAAAACGAGGCAUCGGCAUGCAAGUACCUUGGCUUCUUCCUCCAUACCAGUGAAAAACCUUUGAUUAGAUUUUCACUUCAGUGUGUAUGCACCAAAUCCUCAGAGAUGCACAUCAAAAUAAAUUGAUGAGCCUCUGCUAGAAACAUCCUUCUGUCAAGUUUUAUAAGAUUCGGAAUUGCACCUGUAAAACUUGCGCCCCAGUGUGAAAGCAAGUAUGAUUAUCACUUUGUACACGCUAUGCAUUCACUCACUUGUAGAAAGACCAGUGAAAUUGUAAGUAGUAAAUGUUAUGGCUUAAAGGGGUUUUAUUUCAGCAUGAGUGAAUGAAAACUGUCUCUUGAAAACGUUCUAGUAUCUCUGCUGGAUUUGAUCUGGCAAACAGAUUGAUCUUGCUGCAAGAUCAGCUUAUAUGGCACCUUUUCCAAACUAGUGUUGCUUCAAAAGCAAGACGUUUUUCUGUGCCAAAAGGACUUUAUGGGUACAGUCAGGUCAGAGAUAGAUUGUCCCAAGGAAGUAAGGAUUUUAAAAGUAUGAGUGGCUGUUUAUUCUGAGCAAGUCUCCUUUUACAGUGAUGGAUCUUAAGCGUUCCAUGAAAGUCAGGUUAACCAUGUUGUUACUGAAAUGACUGAACACAGGCUUUGGGAAGGUGGAGACAGGAUAUGUCCUAGGUAAGUAAAAUACCACAUGAUAAGCAAUAAUACAGAAACCUCUGGUCCUUAAUUUUAGUUUUUCUCUGGGUCUGCCAUUGUAGUCCCAGUGCUUCAAAUUUAUAUUGACAGAGAUGGUAAGGAUCUCUUUUUAAUACGCUGUACAUUGAAUGCUUCCCCUUUUGCCAGAGAGCCAUGUUGUGUCUUCUAGAAUGCCCAGAAGGUGUUGAUUUCCAAUCAGUUGUCUUCAGCACCCAUUUUCAAGCUGCUUUUCCUUAAGGAAUUAAUAGAACUUCAGAUGUUCACUGUUUAGAAAACAGUGAGCAUCGCUGUGGUCUGUCCCAGUCAUCCUUGUGGACUGCAUUAUAGGUCUGAAGCCUUGUCAAUCUGCACAAAAAGUAUUUGCCUAUUCAUCUUCUUGUACAGAUUUUCUGCAGCUAAGGAAACUUGUUUAAUUUUAAAAUCCAUAGGACAUUUUCUUCUUUAUUCUUAGUGUGGUUUGUUCAAUCUCAGGCUCAGUGUGGCAUAGGAGAAGAAUCCAUUGGUAGCCAGUAGCUAGAAUUUUGUCAUGUUGUCAAUUAUAUCAGGAGUGUUGAGUAGCAAAUUGCCCAUCCCAAAGGAUAUAUUGGUCUUAAUUGCUGAAUCUUCGCAGUGUUUUUUUCUUUUUAAAGAGCAAUAUUGUCCAGCUUAUACCACAGGGGUCACAAAGUAGAAACCAGGUGUUUUCAGCCCAUGAUAGAAGUAUAGGAAAACUGUGAAACUUGAACACUAAGGGUUGUUUUGUUCAAUGCUAGUCCUGCUCAAAGUAUACUCAUUUAAAUGCAUAGACCUAAGUUAGUCAUGUUUAUGAAUUUCAGUGGCUCUGCUCUGAGUAUGAUUGGCAUUGGCUAUAACCCUAAGGAAGGGAAGUAGCUCUUGCUAUAAAUCCCUCUACUUUUUUGAAAGUAUUUGCAUUUUUUUAAAAAAAACACCCAACAUUCUUAAUGAUCUUUCAAAACUAGAUGUAUUGGAAGGGUCAUGUUUUGGAAAUAGCAGAAAUUCUAGAUCCCUUGGUAGAAUGCAGUAUUAAUUUUCUCCCAAUGUUUUACAAACGGUGCCUUAACUUGAUAUGCCCCAGGGGCAGCAGUUGUUGCACCUGCUUGCAGAAUGCCACUGGUUCUCUCUCUUCAUCUGUUUGCAAGAACUGAAGUCCAAAACAAGCCGAGGUGUUCUAGGCAUCUUCCAAAGUGGCUUUAUCUGCGGCAGUAUUCCAAAUAUUUAGCAGAACCUCCAGGGUUGCUCUCUUACCAGACUUAUGUUGCUUUUCCCAAGUAAUACCCUUUAUCCAUCCCCAUUCGCUAGAAAACGCCCACCACUCAGGUAGUAUCCCACCUACCUGUCCUCUCAAUAUAGCAAGUUAUCUGAAAUGUGCUACCGUGCUCCAUCUUUAAGCAAAGCAGCAGCAAAAGUGUAAGGAAAAAGACAUACUAUGAGUGCCUUUUGUGGGGAGUUCUAAAAUGACGCUUGCUUUUUAAAAGUUUUUAGUUUUCUCAUGGAAGUGGCCGUUAAGUUGAGACAGCCUGGUAAAGGACAGAGUGGCACUAUUUUAGUAGCAGCGUGCUGUGGUUGCACCGUGCCAGUGGUGCCCAGGAGACAUGGACUUCCACCUGUGUCCUCCGCAUCUCCUGCUUCUCCUGUUGCCAAGCUGGAGUUGAUGUUACUUACCUAGCAUCUACUCCAGGGGUCGGCAAUCUAAGGCCCAUGGGCCCCAAGCGGCCCAUGGGGGUCGUUUAACCGGCCCAUGGACCCCCGCCGCGCACCCGCUCGGCUCCCUUGUGCCACGCUAAACCGGCGCAGAGCAGAGCGGAGACUGCCUUCCAUGACGCUGGCCGGCUUCCCGUUGGCUGCAGGAAGCUCCUGCAGCCAAUGGAAAGCUGCACACGCCUCCUCCGCACCAGAAGGAGCGCUGGAAAUAGCAUUUGCGCACACCCGCACUCAGGCCCACCAUGGCAUCUGCGGGACCGUGAACCAGCCCAAGCCACAAAAACUUUGCCAACCCCUGGUUUACUCCCUGUCCCCCACACAGGUCAGGGCUCUGUUUCUGGAAGUCUUCAUUCCUAGCCAUGCCUGCUCACACCGCCUGCUUCUGAGGCACAACAGGGUGGGGUGGGGAGAGACCAGAAGCAUCUUAAACUUCCUGUGAGGUUUCAAAAAGGGAUUCGUCUGCACCAGUGUUCUUCAACCUUGGGGUCCCCAGUACGAUAGUGGACUGUAACUCCCCACCAUCCCCAGACAAGCGUAGCCCAACGCUCAGGGAUGAUGGAAGUUGCAGUCCCCACAUCAUCUAGGGACCUCAAGGCUGGAGAACACCAGUCCAAAGGGGCACAUGUGUCUGCUUCAUGGCUAGUGCAGGAUUAUGACCUAUGCCAGAAUGGCACCCUGACUCUUGCCUGUCUCCCGGUUGUGAGGGUCUCUCAUGACUUGUCACUGCUUGAGCCCAUACACACACUGCCUGCUGUCAUACUUGAGAUAGAAGCAUCCUUUGCUGUACGCACACUGAAAACAAAAGACUCGAAACAAGUCACAAGUGGUUGGGUUUUUUUCCUGGGCUACCUCUUCAGGCUGCCAAUGGGGUUGGGUUGUGUGUGUUGGAAAAUUGCCUUAUUGAUUGCUCCCCCAAUUGAGGGCGGAGGAAGAUCCCUGUCUUUAGGAAAUUAGCAUGUCCAGGAGAGGAAUCCACACCUGACAUGCUGGGGUUUGGGGGCAUUUGUGGCUUUUUGUUUGUUACUUUAAAUAAAUUUUAGGUUCGGGUGGCUUUAUUUGUGGAGAAUCAUUCAGAGAUGCAACUGCAAAGUGGAUCUAGGAAAAGCUUUACUAUUUGAUUCCUCUGAUUUGUGUAAAGUGGCCCAAAAUCCGAAACGUGCAAAGCGAAAGGAGAGGGGGGACGACUGUAUAUUAUUAUUAUUUUAUAUUUUCUUAAAAUAACUUACAAUGUUCUUUCUGAAAUCAGACGUGCCUUUUCCUUUAUAUACAAGGGUUCUAUAUAGCCAAGCCAGUGCCAUCAGCCUUCAGUGGCUUUUCUGUCGCAUUCUGUGCCUUCAAACAGCUUUGUCUAGCUUUAAUCUUGUCACAGUCCAGUCUAAAUGGGCAGCUGGAGUUCAUCAGUUAACUUAUUCCCCCACCCACUGACCCACCCCUGUCCAAAGGUAAAAGGAUGAGAGGGCUGACUUUUUGCAUGCUCUGCAAUGGAAAGGGGCGGUUGUGGAGGGGAAUGAGAGUAUCUGCCCAGUUGCCAUUCCCAGGUUCCGCUAACGUUUCAUAAACGUUUUUCAUUAUGUUCAGUGGCUUAUAAUCCUCUUCCGCAGUAACCUGGCUGCCUCUGUCACCUCUCCCAGGAAGGGGGAAGGUGGGUAGCGAUCAAAGUCGUCUCUGGUGCUUAACAGCACAGUUCUGCAGACACUUAAAGCCAACCUGUAACACUGGCAAUAAAAUAAUUCUUGUCUAGCUGUGUAAAAGAUUGUUUUAUCUUGUAAUAAUGUAUGUGCUUCUUUUUUUAAAAAAAAAAAUCCAAUUCCCGAUGUAAUGAUGUCUGAAACACUUUUUAAAAGUGCUAUUUUUGUACAAAGAUUAAAGUAGUUUGGCUCCUUUGUAUACUGAUUACAAUUUUUUUUUAAUGAAAGGAAUAAAACAAGUAUUUACAGAG